GGAAAGCUUCGAUUUCAGACAUCCCAAUAUCUUGAACAACUACAACUACUUUCUUUGACUAAUAUAUACAUAGUAUAUAUAUGUGUCACAAUUUACAACUAUAUUAGGAUGGAAGUAGUUUGUAUAUUUUUAUCAAAAAAAGAAAAAAAGUAGUGUGUAUAUAUAUAUAUACCUCUUAAGUGUGUCUCUCCACCAAACCCAUUCCAUCUUAUUUGGCACUAAUUGCGCUGUUAUAAAAAUAGUAUAUAUAUAAAUUCUUUUUUUCUUUCUUUAUUUUGGUUGAACGAAUCAUCUGGACAACUCAGAAAACAAGAGUUGUUUAAUGGACAAGCUCAGGCAAUCCCUCAGAUCACAAGCUGAACUUCUGAUCAGCAAAACGACCAAAAGAUCACCUACUUGUUUUGCACCAAAACCACCAUCACAUGGCCCAAUCCGUCGAUUCCGGCGACCGUGGAGACGUGGUCCUCAAAAUCAACGGCAAAGAAGUUCCCAGAGAGACUAAAUAUGAUCACCACCUCACAUCAAAGUCACCGUCCAAUAGUACUAAUGGCGGCCACAAGAGUGCUAACAAGAAAUGCAGAGACUCUAGCUACGGUUUCGAUUUCGUUGCCAAUUCUUCUUCACCUUCCUCAAAAUCACAAUGUUCGCCUUCCUUGUCCAGAAUUGGUGAGAGUCCAAGUUUCGCCCAAGUCUCCCCCAAAGGGGUUAGGGUUUCGUUCAAUGAAGUCACCCACACCGAACGACGCUCCAAUGGCAGCGGAAGAGAAGGAGAAGACGAGUGUGUUAUGGGCAAUAAUAGUUCAAACUCCUCAUUUCGGCAAAAAUCGAGCUUGUUGAGGACGAAAUCGAAGUCGAGGCUGAUGGACCCACCAGAGGAAGAUCAGAGGUCUCAGAGAGCAGUACUGUUGGGGAAAGGUAGUCCUGAAGUUGAUGAAGAUGACCCUUUCUUGGAUGAUCAAGAUUUGCCUGAAGAGUACAAAAAGUUGAUGAAUUUCAGUACACUGACUGUGCUUCAGUUGGUAAGUUUGAUUUUGAUUAUAGCAGCCUUGAUUUGUAGCCUUUUAAUUCCGAAAUUCAGGAGGGUAACACUGUUCGAACUUCAUCUGUGGAAGUGGGAGCUGAUGGUGUUGGUUUUGAUCUGUGGUCGAUUGGUGUCUGGCUGGGGGAUUAGGGUGGUUGUUUUCUUUAUUGAGCGCAAUUUCCUAUUGCGGAAAAGGGUUCUUUAUUUUGUGUAUGGGUUGAAGAAUGCUGUCCAGAAUUGUAUUUGGUUGGCCUUGGUUUUGAUAGCUUGGUACUGUAUUUUCAACAAAAAGGUUGAGAGGGUGACUGAUGGACAAGUCUUGCCAUAUGUGACCAAGAUUUGGGUGUGUCUUUUGGUGGGUACCUUGAUUUGGCUCCUCAAAACGUUGCUGGUCAAGGUUCUUGCUUCGUCUUUCCAUGUGAGCACGUUUUUCGAUCGGAUUCAGGAGUCUUUGUUUAAUCAGUAUGUGAUCGAGACGCUCUCUGGUGCUCCGUUGAUCGAAAUUCAGCAGGAACAGGAGGAGGAGGAGAGGGUCAUGGCUGAAGUUCAGGAGUUUCAAAAUGCAGGUGCUACAAUGCCUGCUGACCUCAGGGAUAAUGUUUUUUCGAGGAUUGGGAAUGUGAUAGGGAGUGGAAGACACCAAAAGAGCCCCAGGUCUGAGAAGAGUCCCAGGAUUUCUAGUAUUAUGUCCAAUAAGCAAGAUGAAAGGAUCACAAUUGACCACUUGCACAGGCUGAAUCAGAAGAACAUUUCAGCUUGGAAUAUGAAGAGGUUGAUGAAUAUAGUUCGGAAGGGGGUCCUAUCGACUUUGGAUGAGAGCAUAAAAGAUUCAAAUGGUGAGGAUGAGUCUUCAGUGGAGAUCACAAGUGAAUUCCAGGCGAAAGCUGCAGCGAAGAAGAUAUUCUGCAAUGUGGCUAAGCCAGGGUCCAAAUCAAUCUACCUUGAGGAUCUGAUGCGCUUUUUGAGAGAGGAUGAAGCCUUGAAGACCAUGUGUCUGUUCGAAGGAGCAAGUGAAAGCAGGGGAAUCAGCAAGCAAGCUCUUAAGAAUUGGGUGGUUAAUGUAUUCCGAGAACGGAGAGCCCUUGCAUUGUCUCUCAAUGAUACAAAAACAGCUGUAAACAAACUCCAUCAUAUGUUGAAUGUCGUCGUAGCAAUCAUCACAGUGGUUAUCUGGCUUCUUAUACUUGAAGUUACAACUACCCAUUUCUUUAUCUUUUUAAGCUCCCAACUUCUUCUGGUGGUGUUCAUAUUUGGAAACACAUGCAAGACAACAUUCGAGGCAAUCAUUUUCUUAUUUGUAAUGCACCCAUUUGAUGUAGGAGAUCGUUGUGAACUGGAAGGAGUUCAGAUGGUAGUUGAGGAGAUGAAUAUAUUAACUACAGUUUUCUUGAGGUACGAUAAUCAGAAGAUUAUAUAUCCAAACAGUGUUCUAGCUACCAUGCCCAUCAGUAAUUACUACCGUAGUCCAGAUAUGGGAGAUGCAAUUGAUUUCUGUAUCCACAUUUCAACUCCAAUGGAAAAGAUUAGCACGAUGAAAGAGAGGAUAACAGGAUAUAUCGAAAACAAGAGUGAUCACUGGUACCCAGCUCCGAUGAUAGUUAUGAGGGACGUGGAGGACAUGAACAGGCUAAAAUUCUCGGUUUGGCUUUCCCACCGGAUGAAUCACCAGGACAUGGGUGAGAGGUGGGUUCGGAGAGCUGCUCUGGUCGAGGAGAUGGUCAAAGUGUUCAGGGAGCUCGAUAUCCAGUACCGGAUGCUGCCCCUAGACGUGAAUGUGCACAAUAUGCCAGUUUUGACAUCAAACAGAGUUCCCUCUACCUGGACAACAUGUGCCAGUUGAUCACAUAUCGAGUAUCAUAAGCUGCUUCUAAAAUAUGCACUAAUGGCAUUGUACAAUUGCCUACUGCUCCAGAAGGGACUCAAGUAUCAGGAGAGGUAUGAGUUUAACUAAAACAAUUGCGGGAUUUAAAUAGUAGGAUCUGAGUGUACUUGGGCCCCACCUAAGUGCAUCCAAGGAAUCUCGUUCUGUUCCCUUUCGGUAAUCUAUCUACGGAGUAUUACUUUUUCUAUUUUAUGUAACAUAAAUAAAAUGUAGUGCAA